AUGACAAAAAAGAUACAAUUCAUUAAACAAUUUGUUAGAAGAACACCAAGACCAUUCUUUAUUACAAAGAAUGGAGAUCUUUCAGAGUUGGGUCGUUCAGACAUUUCACAAAAGUGGAAUGCUCAAUCGUACGACAUGCAAGACGAAGACGAAGAAAAUGAGAUCUUGGAUGACGACGAGAUCGACGAGAACGAUAUGGAUAGAGCCGACCCAGACGAAUUCGAUGAUAUGAAGUUUGAUAUCGAAGACAUUGAAGAGGAAGACCAAGAAUUGGAUCUGAAUGUCAAUGGUGAGGCUGGACCAGAAGGUGGUUAUGACAGCAGUCACGAGAAUGAAAAGUUUGACUAUCCAGGACACAUGAAACAAUCUCGUGUUCUUUUCCUUCGUAAACGUAGAGUUGAACGUCUUCGUUGGAGACAAUUCCUUACAUAUACAAUUGAUAAUUAUGAUGAAUUAAGAGAAUCUGCAAGAGAAGAUGCUGUAGAUUCAUUAACAAACUUUUCAAUUCAAAAGAAGAACAAAUGGUUAUCUUAA